CCCAAAGAAUCCACAGAAACUCGCCAUCCUUCCGACCUCAAGACAUGGGUAUCUCGCGCUCAUCAAGACACAAGCGUUCCGCUUCGGGAGCCCAGCGUGCCCACUACCGCAAAAAGAGAAAGUUCGAGCUCGGUCGUCAGCCCGCUAACACCAAGCUUGGAGCCAAGCGCAUCCAUACCGUCCGUGUCCGUGGUGGAAACCUCAAGUACCGUGCCCUUCGCCUUGAUAGUGGCAACUUUGCUUGGGCUUCUGAGCAGGUUACACGGAAGACUAGGAUCAUUGGUGUUACGUACAAUGCCUCGAAUAAUGAACUUGUGCGAACGAAUACCCUCGUUAAGAGUGCCAUUAUCCAGGUCGAUGCUACGCCCUUCCGCCAGUGGUACGAGGCCCACUAUGCUCAGCCUGUGACCAAGAAGGGCAAAUCUCAGCCUGCCGCAGAGGAUGCGGAGCCCAAAAAAUUGUCAAACCACGUCAAGCGUGUAUUGGAAGAGAGGAAGAAAGAUGCGAAGGUUGAUCCUCUUCUGGAGUCUCAAUUCGCAGCUGGUCGUCUGUAUGCUGCUAUCUCUAGCCGACCAGGACAAUCUGGCCGUGCCGAUGGCUACAUUCUGGAGGGCAGGGAACUCGAGUUUUACCUCAGGAAGAUCAGGACAGGCAAGCAAAAGCACGCGCAUGCUGCUUAGGUUAUUCUUUGGUCUUUUAUCCUAGCAUCUGUGAGGGAGGGAUGUGUUGUGACUAUCUCAUGCACCGUAUGCCAUGUCCUACUGUAUGAAAUUUAUUUGCUUGCCUAUAUCACAAUACAAUACGCUCCUUCACGCAAACGUACUGGCUAGCUGAUUUGUAAGAAUGCGAUAACGUCUGUCACACAUCUUUGCCUCAAAAUCCAGGACUUGUUGAAAGG